AUGGUGAAAAAGCUCGGUCAGUGGCUCCCACAUGCACUGAGCGACGGGAACCGCCAAAGACGCCUGGACAUCUGCACUCAGCUGCUCUCCAGAAGUCGCAGAUUCGGCUGGCUGGACACCAUUGUCACUGGAGAUGAAAAAUGGGUGCUCUACGUCAACCACACCCACAAACGUGCGUGGUGCGCUGGCGAUGAAAUGCUGCAUCCUUUCGUGAAGGGUGAAAUCUAUGAGAAGAAGGUCAUGCUGAGCAUCUGGUGGGCAGUUCAUGGAAUCUACCGUUUCGAACUGCCGCCGGACAACACGACGGUUACUGCCGAGGUCUACUGCGCUUUCGGCAGAUACUUUCCGAACACCCUAAUAUUAUCAGCUCUUCUCUCAUUAUAUUAA